GUCAGGGUGGAGCAAGCAGACGUUCGGACCAGACCUUCUGACGUCACCCCCAUGGCGUCCAUCGCCGAAUACUACGCCGGCAAGAAUGUGCUCAUCACGGGGGCCACCGGUUUCAUGGGCAAGGUCCUGGUGGAGAAGCUGCUGCGGUGUUGUCCGGAGGUGCGGGCGCUCUUCCUGCUCGUGCGACCCAAAGCCGGUCAGUCCAUGCAGCAGCGGGUGGACGACAUGAUGAAAUGCAAGCUCUUCGAUCGCGUGCGUGAGAACGACCCGGAUUUCCAGCGAAAGAUCGUCCCCAUCAGCAGUGAGCUGACGCAGCCGGGCCUCGCCAUAUCACCCGAGGACGUCGACAAGCUGGCGGCCUGCGUCAAUAUCGUCUUCCACUGCGCCGCCACCAUUCGCUUCGACGAGCCGCUCAAGUACGCCGUGCAGCUGAACGUGAUCGCCACGCAGCAGCUCCUUGGCAUGGCGCAACGCAUGCGCCACCUGGAGGCCUUCAUCCACUUCUCAACCGCCUAUGCAAAUUGCAACCGCAAGCACAUCGACGAGGUCAUCUACCCGCCGCCCGUUGAGCCGCGCAAGCUCAUAGAGUCCCUCGAAUGGAUGGACGACAGCAUCGUGCAGGACAUCACGCCGCGUCUCAUCAACGGCCGUCCCAACACGUACACGUACACCAAAGCGCUGGGCGAGUACGUGGUGCAGCAGGAGCAGGACAAGCUCAACAUCUGCAUCAUCCGGCCGUCUAUCGUCGGGGCCAGCUGGCAGGAGCCCUUCCCGGGCUGGAUCGACAACUUCAACGGACCCAGCGGCGUCUUUAUCGCUGCCGGCAAAGGCCUCCUUCGCACCAUGAUGGCCAACAACGACGCUGUGGCCGACCUGAUCCCCGUGGAUGUGGUCAUCAACCUCACGCUGGCGGCGGGCUGGUACACAGCCGUGCACAAACCUAAAACGGCUCUGGUGUACAACUGCACGACUGGCGGUAUCAAUCCAUUCCACUGGGGUGAAAUAGAGCACCACGUGAUGUCGACCUUCAAGAGGAACCCGCUGGAGCAGGCCUUCCGUCGACCCAACGCUAACAUUACGUCCAACUAUCUCAUCUACCAGUACUGGAUUCUAGUUAGCCACAAGUUCCCCGCCUUGAUCUACGACCUGGUCCUGCGCUUGUCCGGCCAGAAGCCGCAAAUGAUGCGCAUCUUCAAUCGGCUCCACAAGGCCAUCAGCCUGCUGGAGUAUUUCAGCAGCCAAGAUUGGGAGUGGAACUCUGAUAACGUGAGCAUGUUGAUGAUGCAGAUGAGUCCAGAAGAUCGCAAGACGUUCAACUUUGACGUGCGACAGCUCCACUGGCCCGAGUACAUCGAGAACUACGUCAUCGGCACCAAGAAGUAUGUCCUGAACGAGGAUAUGUCUGACAUUCCCGUCGCCAGACAGCACUUGAGAAAAUUAAGGAACAUCCGCUACACCUUCAACACGGUGCUAGUGGUUUUCAUCUGGAGGGUCUUCAUCGCCCGGUCGCAGAUGGCGCGCAACAUCUGGUACUUUGUGGUCAGCCUGUGUUUCAAGUUCCUGUCCUACUUCCGCGCGUCCAGCACCCUGACCAACUAA